AAAAGACCCGCGCGGAACCGUUCAGCUACCCAACCGGCUCCGAGCCAGCCAGCGUUCUACUCCUGCCAGCGUCCUCAAGGGAGCCACCAGGCCUCCAGUCAAGAUGAGUGAUAAGCCAGACAUGUCCGAAGUGGAGAAGUUUGACAGAACAAAACUGAAGAAAACUAAUACUGAGGAAAAAAACACUCUUCCUUCAAAGGAAACUAUCCAGCAGGAGAAAGAGUGUGAUCAAACAUCCUAAAAUGCAGAUUGCCUCUCAAGAGCAAGCUUCAACAUCACCUGACAUUCUUGCUUAAUUUAGGCUUAUUUCUGUAAAACUAUGUGUUUGUGGAGACUUGAGGUACCUGUAGAUGAUUUCUCUUCUAUAUUCCCUGGCUAAGAGGUCAACAGUAGCCAGUGUCCCCUUAAAUUUGUUUUUAAAUUGAAAUUUCAGAUGGUAGAUGACAUGCUGUCAGUAAUCUCACUAUUGAUGACCUUUGUGGGUGUGGUCCUUGUGCCCCCUACAGAGUGAGUCGGUUUAACCUAUAA